GGGGUGACCUCAACUUCAGUCAGCCACCUUUCCCGAGGAUGAAGGUCUUCGUGAUUUUUUGCUUGCUGGUGCCCAUGAGUUUAGCGGCGACGAGGACGAGACGAGCGGCGUACGAUUUCGCAGAUGGCGUCGAUGAAGUCGUGGGGCAGGUUCGCACUACCUUCCAAUGCCCUCAACGAUACGGCUAUUUCGCUGAUGUAGACAACGACUGCAAAGUGUACCAUGUCUGCAAUCCUAUCAGGGACUCUCAGGAUAAUAUCCAAGAGGUUCAGCACUUCUCAUUCUUCUGCGGGAAUCAAACGGUUUUCGAUCAGCUUACCCUCACGUGCUCUCAUCCGGAGGAAGCGGUGCCCUGCCCGAACGCGCCGGAUUUCUUCUACGUGAACGAUAAGUUCGGAGUUGAAGAGGCUCCGUUCUUGAUGGACACGGACGUCGAACGCGCAGCUCCAUUGAAACCGGGUUACAAGGGGACCGGAUCCCCGGCCUACGCCGCGAGCAGUCGACAGGACGCUUACGUUUCGACCCCCGGCGCAUUUCAUCAGGAACAGAACGAGCCCCAAGAUGAUCACGUUCCUUCGAACACACUUCACUUCGGGCAACGGACUCAGAGAUCCACUGAUUAUUACUAG